AUGGCUCAUGUUGAAGAUAAGAGAAAUUCACCGUUUAACUCAUUUUUAAUUGAUGAUCCAACACCGAAUGAUAAUCGUAUAACAAUAACGAAUGAAGAAUCAACGACGAUUUGUUCAUCAUGCCAACAAGAUCUUCGAUUAUGUCCAUCAAAAAUUCUAGCUUGUCUUCAUUCUGUUUGUAAUCAAUGUUUAGAUAAAUUAAAAGAUUCAUCAGGAACUAUCUAUACAUGUUCGGCUUGUGAUCAUAAAAGUCGAGUAGAGACAAUAUGUGACAAUUUAUUUGCAACAGAAGAAAUCGAAGUCAAUGGAUUGUCGACACAUUGCAGUAAUUGUGAGGAACACAAUAUUGCUGAUUGGUAUUGCGAUAGUUGUGCUGAUUGGCUUUGUAUUCAAUGUAAAAAUGCACAUGCAAGAGUUCGUUUAACUAAAGAUCAUGUUGUAACACAAAAAAAUAAUGAAGAAGCAAGAAAAAUAAGAGGACUAAAUCAAAAUGAAAAAUUGCUUUGUCAAAUUCACAAUGAAGAAUUAGCUCGAAAUUUUUGUCAAGAUUGUCAAAUAUUAACAUGCGAUGAAUGUCAAAUAACCCUACAUAAAAAUCAUCGUUAUUUAUUUAUUGAUGAAGCCAUACAAAAUCAAAAAAUAAAUCUUCAUUCAUUAGCUAAUAAAGUUCGUGACGUACGUUUAGUAUUAAAUAAAAUUCAACAAACAAGAAGUCAACAACGAUCUGAUAUCGAUCAAACUGAACGUCAAGUUAUUGAUGAUAUUAAAUUAUUUGGUUUAAAUAUGAUUGCUGAAGUGAGCAGAGCAUGUAAACAAUUAAUUAAUGAUACAACUACUUUAUGUAAUCAAGCUCGAACACAAUUCACUGAAAAAAAUACACGAUUCGAACAAUAUUUACAAAAUAUUGAUCAUUCACUUGAUUUUGUCAAUGAAGCAUUGACAACAAGUUCAAAAAUGGCAAUAUUAAAAUCGAAUCGUGUAAUGAAUAAACGAUUAGAUCAUUUACUUCAUCAAAAUGCUAUUUGGUCAAAAGCGAUAAAUCCAUUUCAAUUAAAAUUUUCACCCAAUGAUCCAAAAAAUGUUCGCUCAACAAUUACAAGUCUUGGUGUAUUAGUACACAAUGGUAAAAAGAAAAUAACUAAUAACAAUAAAAUAAUACUUCCAGAAGAACAAACGAAUGGUAUCGAACAUAGAAAACUGAAUAAAUAUCAUUCACAAUUGACAACUUUCGAUAGAUUUGAUACUGACCAUCAAUCAACAAUAUUACUCGAUACAAGUGAAGAUUUUUGUGCUGUUUGCCGUUGUGGUGGUGAGCUUGUUUGUUGCGAUGAAUGUCCACGUGUAUAUCAUGUUGAAUGUCAUGUACCAUCAUUAAAUGAAGUUUCAAUGAAUGAUAAAUGGAAAUGUGGUUUAUGUAGUGAAAUCAAUCAAUCAUCGACAAUAUUAAAACGUAAACAUGACGAUACAAGUGAUAAAUUAUCAUCAACUGAAAAACAAAUAUGUGAAAAAUUAAUUUUACAUAUGUAUACGCAUUCAUCAAGCGGUCCAUUUCAUCAUCCAGUACCAGCUGAUUGUAUUGGCUAUCAUAAAGUUAUUACGCGGCCAAUGGAUUUACGUACUAUUAAAGAGAAAUUAAAUUCAUAUCCAAAUAUAAGUGAAUUUUUAGCUGAUGUUCGAUUAAUGUUUCAUAAUUGUUCAACAUUUAAUCGACCUGAAUCAGAAAUUGGUAAAUCAGGUCGUACAUUGAGUAAAGCAUUUGAUGAAUGGUUAGAAAAAUACUGUUCAAAUAGCCAAAUAUCAAUACCAGAUCGAACAAAUAAACGAAAGAAAACGUCUAUACAAAUGAUUGAUCAUGUUUCGUAG